AACAACUAUGAUGUUAGCAAAAAAACAACAACUACUGUAUGAUGUUAGCAAAAAACAACAACUAGGCAGUUAGCCAAAAGCCCAUCUAUAGAGUAAACCAAAAACAACUACAAUGUUAGCAAAAAAUAACUAUGACGUUAGCCAAAAACCCAUCUAUUGAGUUAACCAAAAACAUGUUAGCAAAAAACAACAACAACUAUCAAGUUAGCAAAAAACAACGGUAUCGUUGGCAAAAACAACAAACAAACAAAAAAAACAACAACAACUUUGCAUUUAGCCAGAAAAAGAGCACUUUAAAGUUAACAAAAAACAACUAUGAAGUUAGCUAAAAAAAACAACUAAAAACAUUUAAAGAAAAUUAUGAGUGGGUGCGAACCAAUGUGCGUGUAAUGUGCUAUGUUGUCAUUAAAUUUGUAUUGAUAUUCACUGUCAAUAUGAAUUGAUAGUAAAUAUGGAUUGUCAUUACGUCCACAUUUUAAGGCAGUUCAAAUCUCCUAGGGAAGAGUGAAUGGACAGGACAGAGAGAGAGAGAGAGAGAGAGAGAGAAAGAGACAGCGUGACAGAGUAAACGAUGGGAAUGCACAGGUGCUAAGAGUUGUGGGGCAGCAGUAUUUGUAGGCUGCUCGGAUAACAACCCAAAGGAGAAGCAAACCGAGAAGCACGGACGGAGACAGUGUGAGACUCACAAAUGACAGAAAAUCAGCGAGAUGCACCACAGGCCAAGGACAAACCCUUGGCCUUUCGCUCUCAGAAGGAGAUGUUUGAUCAAAUGGAGGAAACCUUUAAAACAUGUGCACAUUGUGAGAAAAAGCCAAACCAACUGUCGAACCCACGGAGCCUAAAGCGCUGUGCAAGGUGUUUCAAUGCUUACUACUGUUGCAAAGAAUGUCAGAAGCAGGACUGGCCAAAGCACAAGGGAUUCUGCCCACAGCUACGUCUUGUUGCCCUGGACAGAGUUAUGGAGUGGCUUUUGUUCAAAGGGGAUCUUCCAUUCGAAACAGAAAAGUGGUCAAAGCCACAGUCAGAAGUUAAAGGUUGGGAUGACUGGCUCGCGAUGCAGGGGGAUCUCACAACUCGGCUAGGACCCAUUUUAAAUGGAGCAAACCUGAAGAACUUGUGGAGCAAUGUAGACAGACCGCAACCUCACGACGAGGAACUCGUACAAUCCCUGUGGAGGGUCUGCAGUGAGUUUUUCUCCAGGCCACUAACCAUUGCCUUAGGGAUGAGGCUGUUCGGGCUCAACCCUUAUUCUAAACCACUCACUGUCCACCUUGUGGGAGCGGGCAACAGCGAGACACUGGCAGCCAGAUUGACUGAUUAUGAUGAGCUGAACAAGAUGUUCCCCGAGCACCAGGGAAUCGAAGUAGUCAUGAUAGGACCAGAUGUGAUGGAUGGCCCCAUUGUGAGGCCUCCACUGAGAGCAUUCGGUCCAAAGAAGAAGGUUUUCAUUAGUGCCUACAAGGGUCUCUACCAUGAGUUCUGGGAGGAGUUGGUAGAGAAAGAAGAAGCAGUUAAGCCAGACCUGGUGGUGGGAUUUCAUCCAGGUUUUGAUGCCAGUCAGGACCUGGAGCACGGUUGGCUUCCAACACUUUUGCUCCUCAGGGACUUUGCGAUACCUUCCCUUUUUACUGCUCUCAAUGAGACUGAGAUGACAUACUCCCUGCAGAUCCUGUUAGAAUUGGAGAUGGACAUGAAGGGGAGUGGAGUCAACCCCUUCUCCUCACUGAAACCGGAAAUCCUGGGCUCAGGUCCAAACAAGCCGUCUGUCUACUGCAACUCUCAUUACUUCUGUUUCCAGGGUCUGCUGGAGACUGUGGAGUUUGAAGAAAUAGAAGAUGCCUGAAGAAGUUCAGAGCUGCAGUACGUUACUGUGAACAACAUUUGAAUUUUGAAGAAAAAAAAAAUACAUUCUACUAAUGGCACAAAUUACAAGUUUUUCCAAUGUGUUCCAUGUAGGAUAUUAGCAUAUUUUGUAAUAUCUGUAAGAAUCGUUAGCAGUUUUUCCUCUGAUAAUGAAAACUCGAUAACGCAAUGCCUGGCUUUAGCGAAAUGAUGGCUGCUCUAAAAAUAAUGCAAUGCCCCAGCGACAGACCAGUCAGAUCGCUCAGAGCUCUACAGAACCUUUAUUGAAACACAAUUGCAGUAACUAGUUCUAAACUCUUUUGACAAUUCCUAUACUGUAUGUUGUCUUUUUUUAGAACAAUUUUCAAGUCUUUCAAGUCUGUUUGAAUUCAUAGAUAAAAAAUAACCCAACAAUAAACAUAUGGAAAAUAU